AGUCGCGACGCGAUUUUGCGUUCAGUUUUAUGCUAAGCUCGCCGACGUGCCAGCCAAAGCCAGAUUCCUUCCACGCGUAAUACGCAUUCUAAACAUCAUAUUGUGAACUAGUGAGUGUUCAAAGUGCCAAAGCAGAGUCUAACAAAACACCAUCCAUCAUCAACAUGUCUGUCUUGCGGACAUUGGCACUGUUGGCCAUCGGAGCCACCGUUGUGCUGGCUCAGCGCCGUCUAGCCCUACCAGAUCCUCGUAGCUGUGCAAACCGUGUACGGCAUGCGACGUACCGUGACGCCCGAGGAGUAGCGCACUCUUACUUCUUCAGCUGGGAACACGCGCCGACGCGCAGCUUGGAGGUUGACUGGCUGGACGCACGAAACAUCUGCCGACGACACUGUAUGGAUGCCGUCUCGAUGGAAACACCGCAGGAGAACGAGUUCAUCAAGCAGCGCAUCGCCCGUGGCAACGUUCGGUAUAUCUGGACCUCCGGACGCAAGUGUAACUUUGCCGGAUGUGACCGCCCCGACCUGCAGCCACCGAACGAGAACGGCUGGUUCUGGUCCGGAUCGGGCGUCAAGAUUGGACCGACCACCCAGCGCAACACCGGUGACUGGAGCUACACCGGAGGAUACGGCCAACAGCAACCGGACAAUCGUGAAGCGGCUCAGGGUAACGACGAAUCUUGCCUUUCAAUCCUGAACAACUUCUACAAUGAUGGAUUAAAGUGGCACGACGUUGCCUGCCACCAUCUGAAGCCAUUCGUGUGCGAAGAUUCGGACGAGCUGUUGAACUUUGUACGUUCCCGUAACCCGGGCAUCCGUCUGUAAACUCGGCUGAUCCGUCUCGCUGUAGAGCACAAUCUGUGUGAUUGUGCAUUUGCAGUGUCAACAACACACUCAUAAUACGACUCACGGCAACCAGGCAGUGACCCGAACAGACAUACGAUCAUACGCUAGUGCAGUGUAGUGAAGAAUGUUACUGCAUUUUUAUACCGCUCAAUGUUGAGUCCCACCCACUACUAAUUCCACCAAAACAGCAGGAAUCAGUUGAUUGGUUUCGUUUCGAUCAAUGGACUGCCAGUAAACGCAAAGUCCCAGCAACCGAGUAAUGAGAAAGCUACUAAAGCGCAACAAAACAACAAACCCUCCGAUAUGGACAGGGCCGCCGUCGAUGGCAGCUGGCCGAGAUGGGUUUUGUUUGGGUGCGUGUGUGUGUUUUUUAAAAUGUAGAUCUGUUUUGUAUUAACUCUGUUUAAUUUCUAUUUAUUGUACUAUAAGAAAGUCAUCAACUGGUUUUUAGACUAUCGUUCAGAUCGCCAAGUGAAAGGAGACGCAUUAAAGAGAGCAUGAAGGCAAAUACGCAAAAGUUGUAUUCGAAGGAACAGAUUCGAUUUAGAUCAGCACUCAGUACACAUUUCGAAAGUUUGAAAAUGUUAAACAACACGAAAAAGUUAAAUGAAACGUUGUUUUUAAAUUUGUAAGUUUUUGUUUUCAUUGGACCGAGAAUAAAAAGUACGAAAAUACUGUUGUAA